GUCAGCGGCGCUCAGGUCCAAGGGGCAAAUAGUACUCAAUGUGGCAUCUAGCGGUAUUGCAUCACUGCUUCUACCGGGAGGAAGGACCGCACACUCCAGAUUCGCCAUUCCACUGGAUGCAACAGAAGAUUCAACAUGCCACAUAAAGCCUGGAAGCCCGUUGGCGAGGCUCAUCGAACAUACAAGGUUGAUCAUUUGGGAUGAAUCGCCGAUGACACACAGGUAUUGCUUUGAAGCACUUGAUCGUAGCAUGAGAGAUGUCCUUCGCUACUCGCAUGAUUGUGAUUCUACCAUGCCCUUUGGUGGGAAGACAGUCGUAUUUGGCGGGGACUUCAGACAAAUAUUGCCUGUCAUUCCAAAGGGCACAAGACAAGACAUUGUGCAAGCGGCUUUGAAUUCAUCAUUUUUGUGGUCAUACUGCAGGGUGUUGAAGUUGACAAAGAAUAUGAGACUCGGGCGCGUGGGAGGAACAUCUUACACAAUAGAGAUUCAAAACUUUGCCGAGUGGAUAUUGAAGAUUGGAGAUGGAGUCCUGGGGGAUGGAGAUGAUGGAGAAUCCAUGGUUGACAUCCCUGAAGAAUUUAUUGCUCCUAUGGCGGAUGAUCCAAUUGAAGCUAUUGUUAAGAUCACCUAUCCCGAUUUUGAAAUGCACUGUAAUGAUGUUUCUUAUUUGAAUUCCAGGGCAAUUCUUGCGCCAACUAUUGAUGAACGUGACAUGAUCAACGAUUACAUGUUGGGAUUGACUCUAGGAGAGGUAAAGACAUACUUAAGCUCAAAUUCAGCAUCUUCUUCUGACUCAGACAGUGCACUCCUUCAAGAGAUCCACUCUCCAGAAUUUCUGAAUACCAUUAAAUGCUCUGGUGUGCCAAGCCAUGAACUGAAGCUGAAAGUGGGUGCAUCUGUGAUGCUAAUGAGGAAUAUAGAUCAUUCCUCCGAAUUGUGUAAUGGCACACGCCUCAUCGUCACUAAACUUGGAACUCAUUUUCUCGAGGCUCAGAUGAUGUCUGGAACAAACGCAGGACAAAAAUUUCUCAUUCCGAAGCUUAGCUUGACUCCAUCCGACCUAAAGCUACCGUUCACAAUUCAGCGUAGAGAGUUCCCUUUGAUGCUUAGUUACGCGAUGACCAUUAAUAAGAGUCAGGGGCAGUCUUUGGAGAGGGUUGGUGUUUUCUUACGUCGUCCGGUUUUCACCCAUGGACAACUUUAUGUCGCGGUCUCAAGAGUGACGUCUCCAUCUGGAUUGAAGUUUGUUAUAUGUGAUGAUGAUGGAAAACCGGCCAAGAAGACUAUAAAUGUGGUUUACAAGGAA